AUUUGGUUAUUCCUUGCGCCCAUAUAGACAUGUCAGCAGCACUUAGAUAGAAAAUCCAAAAAAAAUCAGUGACAUGCCUCUUCUCCAUUCCCUCGUUUUCACCAUUGCAACAGAUUUUCUCCUCUGAAACAACCGAUCGAAACCCUAACUCCCAAUUACAAGAUUACAGAGAAGAUGGGAUGACAGCAGGACGGAUGACUAAAAACACUGCUUGGUAUUUCUUACGUGAUCUCCAUGAACUUUUGCCAUGAAGCCUCCUUGGAAAUAUAUGUUUAUGGUUUUUCGGCAGGUAUAAACCUGUAGAAGUAUCGUUGAUCGGGAAAUAUGGAUGUUGCCGAGGUUGAGGAAAGUCUUUUCGUAGCCAGCGAUGCUAAGUUAUAUGGAGAGAUGUGUAAACAUCUCUCUUCAAUUCUUUGUAAAGUGUUGGAAAUUUUUCCAGAAUUAGAAGCUACACGGCCAAGGAGCAGGUCGGGUAUACAGGCAUUAUGUUCAUUGCACAUAGUACUUGAGAAGGCCAAGAUUCUUCUUCAGCAUUGCUCGGAGUGUAGUAAACUUUAUUUGGCUAUAACCGGAGAUUCUAUCCUCUUAAAAUUUGAGAAAGUAAGGUCUGCUCUUGUGGAUAGCCUUAGGCGUAUUGAAGAGAUUGUCCCACAAGCAAUUGGUUCUCAGAUUUCAGAGAUUGUAACUGAACUUCAGGGCACAGUGUUCUCACUUAAUCCAUCAGAGAAGCAAGUUGGUGAUGAAGUGAUUACUUUGCUUCAGCAGGAGAGAAAAUUUAAUCGCAAUUGUAAUGACAAUAAUGAGCUUGAAACCUUUCACCAGGCUGUCAUAAAGCUUGGCAUUACUUCUUCAAGAGCAGCUCUGACUGAGAGGAGAGCUCUCAAAAAGCUGAUUGAAAGAGCCCGUGCUGAGGAAGACAAGCGAAAGGAAUCCAUUGUGGCUUACCUUUUACAUCUCAUGAGAAAAUAUUCCAAGUUUUUCAAAUUCUCAGAUGACAAUGAUUCACAGGGAUCUGGUCCUUGUUCUCCAACUGUUCAGUGCUCCUUUGAGGAUGGUAGUGGGCAUGGGGGGAAUUUCCAUGCCUUCGAUCAACAGUUCUUGAAAUUGAGUUCUUUCAAUUUCAAGCCAAGUGGUUGGAAGUCAGGGCAAAUUCCAGUGCCUCCUGAGGAGUUGAGGUGUCCAAUUUCAUUGCAGCUCAUGUAUGACCCAGUCAUCAUCUCAUCCGGACAGACCUAUGAGCGAAUCUGCAUUGAGAAAUGGUUCAGUGAUGGGCAUAACACCUGUCCAAAGACUCAGCAAGAGCUCUCUCAUCUUUGUUUAACUCCAAAUUACUGUGUGAAGGGUCUUAUUGCUAGUUGGUGUGAACAUAAUGGAGUUCCUGUUCCUGAUGGGCCUCCGGAGUCUCUUGAUCUAAAUUACUGGAGGCUUGCAUUAUCUGAGUCUGAAUCAACUAAUUCAAGGUCGGUCGAGAGUGUUGACUCCUGCAAGUUGAAGGGAGUGAAGGUAGUACCCCUUGACGAGAGUGGGACUGUUGAUGAAGCUGAAGGAAAUAAGGUGGAAGAUGUGUCUGGCCAGGAGAACUCUGAACCGGACGURUUUCAAAUGUAUGGGAAUUUCCUAUCUGUCUUGCGUGAGGGGGAAGACUUGGGGAGGCAGUGGAAAGUGGUGGAACAAAUACGACACUUACUGAAGGAUGAUGAAGAAGCUAGGAUUUAUAUGGGGGCCAAUGGGUUUGUUGAUGCCCUUGUUCGGUUUUUGGGCUUGGUUAUCCAUGAGAAAAACGAGAAGGCUCUGGAAAUUGGAGCGAUGGCACUUUUCAACCUUGCCGUUAACAAUAACAGGAACAAGGAGUUGAUGCUAUCUGCAGGAUUAAUUCCGCUAUUAGAAGAAAUGAUCCCCAUGCCCAACUCAUGCGGACCAGCAACAGCUCUCUAUCUCAAUAUCUCCUGCCUGGAUCAAGCAAAGCCAAUCAUUGGUUCAAGCCAGGCUGUUCCCUUCCUUAUUCGUCUCCUCCAGGAAGAUACUGAACCCCAAUGCAAGCUUGACGCCAUCCAUACCCUCUACAAUCUCUCUAGUCACCCCCCCAACAUCCCCGUUCUCCUUUCAGCUGGCGUCCUUCAAGGGCUGCAAUCAACCCUCACAGAUACCGCUGACAGGACAUGGAUAGAAAAGUCAAUCGCUGUACUUGCAAAUCUAGCCUCAAGUAAAUCGGGAAAAAGAGAAAUCAUAUUAACAACAGGGCUUAUCAGCGGGCUUGCGUCUAUUUUGGACAGCGGUGAGCCUAUCGUGCAGGAGCAAGCCGUCGCAUGUCUUUUAAUUUUAUGCAACGGAAGUGAUAAAUGCACUGAACUAGUGCUUCGAGAGGGGGUAAUACCUGCGCUGGUGUCACUAUCAGUGAAUGGAACUGCCAGAGGGAAAGAUAAGGCACAGAAACUGCUAAUGCUCUUUCGGGAGCAGCGACAGCGGGACCCACCUCCCAUUCACACUCAAGCGCAACCCCCGGUCCCGAACCCUCCACCUCCAGACCCAAAGGGCCCCAGGACCCCGCCCCCCAAGCCUCCAGAGCCAAAGGAGUUCAGGACGACGCGCCCCAGCCCCAGGACGCCGCCCCCAAAGCCUCCAGAGCCAAAGGAGUCCAGGACGCCCCCCAAGACUCCAGAGUCCAAGGAAUCCAGGACGCACCCCAAGCCUCCAGAGUCAAAGGAAUCCAGAUGUGGUCCCAACUCAGGGUCCCAACCGCCACCGGCCCCACCAGCCCUAGCCAUUGCACCUGUACCUGUACAUGCGUCAAGGCCACUCGGCCCACUCCAUAAAACGGCUUCAAGGAGGGUGGGGAGGGUUUUGUCAGCCAUCAUAUGGAAGAGCAAGAACAUGUCUUCUAUCCACCAGUGUUAGAGUUCUGUUCUUGCCAUCAAUGUAUAUUUAUGUUGUAUUCCUCUCUUUUUUUUUCUUUUUAUUCAUAUUUUCUUUUCCUUCUCUUUUUUUCCUAGGGGCAUUAUUUAUUGUCUUGGAAGAAAAGAAAAAAUGUACAGUCCAAUCAAUAGUCAUUUUCAACUUUCUAGUCUUUUAUAACUGUAGAGAAAAAAAAACGGUAAAAAAUGAACGUGCUUAAUGCUCA